AUGGACGCCAGGAAGGAGGGAGCGUUGCCGCCCGUGGACCCUGAGAAGGAGGGAGUGUUGCCGCCCGUGGACCCUGAGAAGGAAGGAACGUUGCCGCCCAUGGACCCUGAGAAGGAGGGAGCGUUGCCGCCUGUGGUCCCUGAGAAGGAGGGAGCGUUGCCGCCCGUGGAUCCUGAGAAGGAGGGAGCGUUGCCGCCCGUGGUCCCUGGCUGCGUGCCCUCCCCUUGGCUCCUCCAACCAAGAGGGAAGUCGAAGCUGUUUUUCCAAAGCUCUUUCUCCCCCACCUCCCCCAGCUUCCCUCUAAGAGUUCCUGCUGAACACGGAUUAAUCAUCAUAGAGAGGAAGGACAGCGUUGCAGGGGAGCCUGCAGACGCAGCAUCGAUAAAACCGUCGGCGUUCCUGUCACCAGAGACGGCCCAGCAACGAGCAGAUGCAGGCGUUCCUCCCUGGGUCAGCAGCCCCGGGCCUGGAAUCCGCUACGCCCACUGCGCUGAGAUCAGCUUUGAAAAGCCCCCAUUGCAGACCUGCGCUGUGGAAAAUGCCUCUGUCCACCCGGCAUGGCUGGGUAGUGCCUGCUUCCCCCACACCAGCCACAGGCCGGCUCCCCAGUCCUCUGUGGGAGGGUUGCUGGUCUCCGUUAAAAACCCCCCGGGUGACUUGCAUGGCGCCAGGGCCUGUGCCCCCGGGAGACACUCUGGGGAGGGGUCACCACCAGGAAACCUCAGUCCAAGCUGCCCAGCCAAGGCCGGGCAUGGCUGUGCCGGCACAGGAAGACAGGGAGGGGUCUCCAGGGCAGGCAGCUCUCCCCUCGGCCCAGUCCCCCGUGUGAAGUGCUCAGCCCAGGUGGGAUCGUGCUUCCCACUCAGCCUCCUCCAAGCCGCCGAAGGUCCUGCUGGUUCCCCAAAUGACUUCUGUCCUGAGCCGUGGGCUCCUGAUCACGCACCUACCUUGCACGGCCUGAACAAGAGUCUGCGCCAGGGACCCCGCUCGGGAGGGGCACAGAGGAAGCCAAGGGCCCACACAGGUGAGGGGGUCUCGUGUCAGCUCACCCAGCCCAAGCUCAGCAGCAGCCUCAGAAUUUCCUGGCAUCUGCUUGCCUGUGUUGCAACCCAAGUGGGGUGUGCGCACCGCCUGAGAGAGAAAACACUCGCGGAGGAUUAUGUAAGCGCUUUCCUCCCCAGCACAGGGCCGUCUUGGGCACAUUGAGACCAGACCAUGUGCAAAAGCACUCGGGAGAGUGGCAGGAGCUGA